AAAAAAAACAACAAAAUAUGACUUGAAGAGAUUUGUUUUAUUAACUGUCAAUCUUUUAGGAUAUAUUUAAGAAUAAUAUAUUCAUUCUAUAGGUCAACUUUUUUUAUUGAAAUUGUUAAGUAUUUUAAAAAAAAAAUAAAUUUGUGUUAAAGGUACACCAUAUGUUCGUGUUAAUCCUGAAAAAAUAAAAGGAAUUGUUUUAACAAAUAAAUAUGAUUCAUCUCCAGGUUUUAAAAAACCUGAUGAUGCAAGUUUUAAAAUAGCAAAUCAUCUUCUGGAUUUUAUUCUUGAUGAAGUUGAACAUGGAAGAAUUCCAAAAACAUUACUUCCAUUUCAAUCGGGUGUUGGAAAUGUUGCCAAUGCUGUUUUAGCUUGUAUAGCUCAAGAUAAUCGUUUUAAAUCUAUUGAAAUGUAUACAGAAGUAAUUCAAGAUUCAAUAUUUGACUUAAUUGAUAGUGAUAAACUUCGUUUUGCAUCAACAACAGCAUUAACUUUUUCAUCAGAAGGACAAAAAAGAUUUCAUAGAGAUUUAUAUGAACUUAAAUCAAAAUUUAUUUUACGUUCUAUGGAAAUAUCAAAUAAUCCUGAAGUUAUUCGUCGAAUAGGUCUUAUUAUAAUGAAUACAGCAUUAGAAGCUGAUAUUUAUGGAAAUAUUAAUUCAACACAUGUACUUGGUUCUUCUAUGAUGAAUGGAAUUGGUGGUAGUGGAAAUUUUACUAGAAAUGCUUAUAUAUCAAUAUUUAUGACUCCAUCAUUAGCGAAAGAUGGAAAAAUUUCAUCAUUUGUUCCAAUGGUAUCACAUGUUGAUCAUAAUGAACAUUCAGUUCAAAUAAUGGUUAAUGAACAAGGUUUAGCUGAUUUACGUGCUAAAGCUCCAAAACAACGAGCUGAAUUAAUUAUUGAAAAAUGUGUUCAUCCUAUCUAUAAAGAUCUAUUAAGAGAUUAUUUUCGACACCCAUGGCAAACUGGCUCAAUGCAUCCUGAUCAUCGAGCAAAAAAGGAAGCAACAAGUAAAGAUACAGAAAAAGCAGCACAGAAACUUGAUCAAACAGCAGCACCAAAGAAAUAA